UCACUGUCAUUGUCACAUAGUCUUUCUAAUCUGUGCUGUCGCUUCCUUUUCCCCAGCUAUUUUAAUUUUUCAUGGCACCGGUGCUUGCAGCGAAGUCUUAAAAUAGAAUAAUUAAUGCCAGGUGCUCAAUAUAUUUAGAUAGAUAGUAGUGACGGUGAUAAAAACCAAUAUUGAACGACAGUUAUAACAUAUCUAUUUUUCUUAUCAUUUCUCUUUGGAAUGGGCAAUCGAAAUAAAUUCUCCGAAAUGUUUCAAGAACUCAAAAAGAUGUUUACCUGGUCCUAUGCAGUAGGUCUAGUCAUGAAUCCAGCUCAGCUACCGAUUACUGCAGUCCUCAUUAUCAUUGCCGAACUUGUCAUCAACGUACUGGUAGUUGAAAGAGUACCAUAUACUGAAAUUGACUGGAAUGCGUAUAUGCAGGAAUGCGAAGGAUUUCUGAAUGGUACCUUCGAUUACAGCAAGCUUCGUGGUGACACUGGACCGUUAGUAUAUCCAGCUGGCUUCGUUUACAUUUACUCCGCCCUUUACUUCCUCACAAAUUAUGGUGACAAUGUUAGACUUGCUCAAUAUGUGUUCAUUGGAAUCUACCUGUUACAAUUGAUACUAGUGUUAAGAAUUUAUAUAAAAACAAAAAAAGUACCACCAUAUGUUCUUAUAAUUACUAUUUUAACAUCAUACAGAAUUCACUCUAUAUAUGUACUGCGGUUGUUUAAUGACCCUAUAGCAGUGCUUCUGUUGUACACUUCACUUAAUUUCUUUAUAGAUGAAAGGUGGUCUCUUGGUAGCAUUUUCUAUAGUUUAGGAGUGUCUGUAAAAAUGAAUAUCCUCUUGUAUGCACCAGCUUUGUUUUUCUUUUAUUUAAUUAAUUUAGGUCUAGCAGGCACUUUGAAGCAACUGUUUAUUUGUGGGAUCAUACAGUUUGUGCUAGGGUUACCUUUUCUAAUAGGCAAUCCUGUAACAUAUCUAAAAGGCAGUUUUGAUGUGGGGCGUGUGUUCAAUCACACAUGGACAGUCAACUACAGGUUCUUAGAUAUAGACACAUUUGAGAAUAAAUGUUUUCAUCUAUCUUUACUGGCUCUACAUGUUGUAUUGCUUAUUAUAUUUCUGCCCAUGUGUACUCAAUAUUUUAAGAGUUAUUGUAGACUGAAGUAUGUGCAAAAGCAAGUUCAACCACAGAUUGAUGCCAAAAAUAUAGAAAACAAGAGAAGAACAAAAUUAAAUAAAAUUAAAAAGAAAGUUGAUGUGAAAGCUGAGGAAAAAAUUACCAAAGAGCAAGAAAAUUUUCUAAGUUCAUUUGAAGCAAUGCUACAGAAAUCAUCACAGAAGAAUGAGAAAAAAGUUGCAAAAAGACCUAUUAGCCAUGAAGAAAAAGAGAAUACACAUUACAAUAUAAAUUUUGAUAUAUUAAGUCAGCUGUUUAUUCUUCCAAUGUUUGUAGUAAACUUCAUAGGAAUUGUUUGUGCAAGGAGUCUACAUUAUCAAUUUUACUCUUGGUAUUUUCACAGUUUACCAUACUUGUUGUGGUCUUGCAAUUUUCGUGUUAUUAUUAGAUUUUUAAUUUUAGCUGUUAUUGAACUUUGUUGGAAUACUUAUCCAAGCACAAGCCUAACAAGUGCAUUGUUGCAUGUGUGUCAUUUCACUAUUCUUUAUGGUGUGUACAAAAAAAUAUCAUCAGAAUUAAAUGCAGCUUCUAAAGUCCAGUAGUAAAGAAUAGUAUAAGAAUAAAGUUUUCAAUCUUAUAAGUAUUUGAAAUAGCUUAAGUAAAAUUUUAAAAAGUUGUUAUAUUUUCUAUUUGUUAAAUUGUUA